GGCGGAGUUAGGGGUGGCGGGCGAGGCGGAGAGCGGCUGCAGGAAGUCCUGCAUGUUCGCCACGGUGAAGCCCUGUAACCUGGAGAGUGAGAAGAGCAAGUUCUUCCUCUCCGACUUCACCUACAACCCGCACUUUGAGUACAGCCACCCAGUCUCUGCGGCCCUGUUGGAGCGCUACAACACUCCCUCUGACCUCUUCCUCACACAGGCUGUGCGGAUUCUGGAGCAGGCUCUGCGCAGGUACGGCAGCUAUGAGAAAUUUGAGUUGGCCACCGGGGGGAGCCUUCUCCCCAAAAACAGAAUCAAGGGCUACGUCAAGAAGUACAUGGAGAAGGAGGGCUGUGUGGGAGAGAUCACAGUUCACCUGUCAGAGGAGCUCCUGUCCCGGGCGUCGAUGACCAUGAUGCACACGCGCUCCGUCCUGACCAUCAACGUCUCCACUGCCCGCGAGUUCUGGCUGGAGGGCAUGCUGCGGCACGAGAUCGGCACACACUACCUCCGGGGCGUGAAUAACGCCCAGCAGCCGUGGGCGAACCUGCCGACGCGGCGGUCCCUGGGCCUGCGGCCCCCCAACCCCACGGAGGAGGGGCUGGCCAGCCUGCACUCGGUGCUGCAGCGCUCGGACCCCACGCUGUGGCGGGCCGCCCUGCUGUACUACACCGUGCUGAGGGCCGGCCGGCUGGCCUUCGCCCCGCUCUUCCAGGAGCUGCGGCGCUUCGUCCAGGACCCCGACACGCGCUGGGCCUACUGCGUCCGCGCCAAGAGGGGCCAGCGCGACACCGCCCAGCCCGGCUGCUUCAGUAAGGACCAGGUGUACCUGGAUGGGAUCUUGAGGCUGCUUCGCCACAGAGACUCCAUCGACUUCCAGCUGCUGAUGUCCCUGGGGAAGGUGUCGUACGAGGACAUUGACCGGCUGAGGGGCUUGGCGGUGAUGGAGCGCACGCGGUUACCUCACUUCCUGCGUGACCGGGGCCGGUACGCGCGGCAACUGCACCGCAUCAUGGAGGUGAACCAGCUGAGCGACGCCGAGCUGCAGGAGCUGAUCUGA